GGCUAUCUUCAGUUGCUCGAGCAGCCCCGAAGCGAACGGUGUGAGAGCUGCGACUCGUAAAUCAUAAAUAUUCAUUCGAACUGAUUCGAACUGAUCGAUCGCGCGCGAUUGGCAGACGACUGCACGUAAUUGGAGCAAGCGGAGUGCCCGUUAAUUGCCGGCAACAGUAAUUGCCACUUGCCGCAUUCCGAAGGUGUUCCCCGGUCCUGUUAAUGUGUCAAUUGAUUGAUUGCGCGACCCACUGAUCACGAUGCUCUCGAAGAAGCGCUGGUGGAAGAUCUGCCUGCCCCAAGUGGCCAAGCCGGAUCCGGCCAAGAACUACCGUGAAAUCAUUGGCUUCAGCGACUGCCCCUCGGUGCUGGCCACCACUCUAGAUGGGUGUUCCAGCACCUCCACUUCCACAGCCACCACGGCGAGCAGUGGCAGCCCCACGCGGCACCGCAGCUGCGACAGCCUGUCCAAGAGCUCCCAGGCGGAGGCCAGCAAGCUGUUCCCCCGAAACAUGCCCAGUAUACGGAGGAGUCGUCGUCGGACGGUGUCCGCAGAGCGGGAGCGCUUGGCUAGCCGGGAGCGGCUGGAGGAGCGGGUCCAACCAGCAAAAAUGCCAGAGCCCAGUGCCGCCCAGUCCCGCCUGUCCACGGUGACCAAGCUGACCCCCCGGAAGCAAGUGGGUGGUCGAGCCACUUGCUCCAAAAACCGUGGCGUUCAGCCCGUGAAGUGCAUCAUCAAGUCGGCCGUGCGCACCAAGACCAAGCCCAAGCCGAAGCUGACCCUGGCGCCCUAUGAGAUAGCCCUGGAGCUGCCCAAUGAGUCGCCUGCCCCCACUCUGGCCAUGGCCGUGGCCCAGAGCAAGCCCCACCACGAGGAACAGUUCCACUCCUCCGGAAUCUCCUGCAACGGGGAAACGGACGACGACGUGGAAGUGGCCAUGCUGACCGGCAGUCUAAGUGCCACCCAGCUGGCCAGGAUCAAGGGGCAGAGUGUGGCGCCCGUGACUCUGCCGUUCGGCGACUUGAGGAAUCUAAAUCUCUGCCGCAACCGUAGCGCCGUCUGGCUUAAUCCCAACGAUACGGAACAACUAAUCGAACUGGACCGGAGAGAGGCCCACUGCUACUUCAACAAGGCCAUUGCCGACGAUAUCCAGCUUAGCGAUAUUGAAGAACAAUUGGCCAGGUUUGAUGGCCACUCAAAGAGGCCGCCACCGCCAUCAGCGACAGCAGCCAAAAUCACCCAGCCCAGCCAAACCGUCAGCAAGUACAAGCCCACACCCGCACCUCGCACCACCAGCAAUAUGCAGCAGCCCUCCACCCAGCCCCAGCCGCCCAGCAGCAACUACUACACGCAGACUGAGAGCGAGCUGCUGCAGAUCGAGGCGGGCGGAACAGGUCUGACCUUCGCCCCCGCCAACAGCACCUCCCAGGGGGCCUCCACGGCCACGACCACUAAUCUGGAUGCGCCCUCGGCCAGCAGCAGCAGUGGCAGUGGCAGCAGCGGGGGUACCCUGGGGCAGGCGGGUCAUUUCGUGUCGCCACUACAGCGCCGCCACUGCCAGCCCCCCAGCCACCUGCCGCUCAACUCUGUGGCCACGCCCCUGCGAACCGCCAGCUACAAGACGGCAGCGGCAGUGGCGGGUCAUGGGUUCCACCACAGCCACCACCAGCAGCUGGACUUCCAGAGGAACUCCCAGUCGGAUGACGACAGUGGCUGCGCCCUGGAGGAGUACACAUGGGUGCCGCCGGGACUGCGACCAGAUCAGGUCCGCUUGUACUUCAGCCAACUGCCGGACGACAAAGUGCCCUACGUCAACAGUCCCGGCGAAAAGUAUCGUGUUAAGCAAUUGUUGCACCAGCUGCCGCCGCAAGAUAACGAAGUGCGUUACUGCCACUCGCUGAGCGACGAGGAGCGCAAGGAGCUGCGCAUCUUCUCGGCCCAAAGGAAGCGGGAGGCCCUGGGUCGCGGGGCCGUCCGCCUGCUGUCCGACGAGCGACCCUGCAAGGGGUGCGAGGAGUCGCUGUCAGGCGGUGAUAUCGUGGUCUUUGCCCAGCGACUGGGCGCCCAAUUGUGCUGGCAUCCUGGCUGCUUUGUGUGCAGUGUGUGCAAGGAGCUGCUGGUGGACCUCAUCUAUUUCCAGAGGGACGGAAACCUCUAUUGCGGCCGGCAUCAUGCCGAGACCCAGAAGCCGCGUUGUUCCGCCUGCGACGAGAUCAUAUUCUCCGACGAGUGCACAGAGGCCGAGGGUCGAACCUGGCACAUGAAGCACUUCGCCUGCCAGGAGUGCGAGCACCAGCUGGGUGGCCAGCGGUACAUCAUGCGGGAGGGGAAGCCCUACUGCCUGGCCUGCUUCGACACAAUGUUCGCAGAGUACUGCGACUACUGCGGGGAGGUGAUCGGCGUGGACCAGGGUCAGAUGAGCCACGACGGACAGCACUGGCAUGCGACGGACCAGUGCUUCAGCUGCUGCACCUGCCGCUGUUCGCUGCUGGGUCGCCCGUUCCUUCCCCGCCGGGGCACCAUUUACUGCUCCAUUGCCUGCAGCAAGGGCGAGCCCCCGACGCCGUCGGACACGAGCUCCGGGCCCCAGUUACGACCCACCCACCGCGCCUCCACCUCCAGCCAGAUAGCCAGAUCACCGCGAAGGGGUGGAGAGAGGGAAAAAGAGCGUGAGCGUGAGCGGGGAAGAGGUCACCACGGUCAUCAUCAUCCCAAGGGAACGGGCAGUGCUGGGGAUCUUCUCGAGCGACAGGAGCGUCAGCGCAUGGAAGCUGCCGGAGUGGCGGAACUCCUACUCGGUGGAGCUGUGUCGGGUAUGCCUCGCCCUGCCCAUCCACCGCCCAUUGACCUUACCGAGCUGGGCAUCAGCUUGGACAAUAUCUGUGCCGGUGACAAGUCCAUCUUCGGCGACACCCAGACACUGACCAACUCCAUGCCGGACAUGCUGCUCUCCAAGGCGGAGGACUCGCACAGCUACCAGAGCAUAGACAAGAUCAACCUGAACUCGCCGAGCAACUCGGAUUUGACGCAGAGUACCCAGGAGCUGGCCCACGAGCUGGAGCUGGACAACGAUCCGGAUGGGGAGCUGCCCCACGACGGCUACGAACAGCUCUUCGCCGGAAAGAACCGCCCAGAGGAGCGGCAGGAUAUGGACCCGGAUGCGGGGGAGAACGAGGAGCAGCUGGACAAUCGGCCACUUAAAGAGGUACGUUUCCACAGUGUCCAGGACACAAUGUCGCGCUCCAAGAGCUAUACCGACAACUCGAAUGCCCGGCGGAGGCGAAGGCGCCGCAACCAGUCGCGCAGCUCCUCGGAGAUGCAGAUCAACCAGACGAACCUCAGACUGCACAACGCCCAAACGCAGGCCGGACCCGGGGCCCUGAAUAUGAACCUGCUGAACAACCUGGACAACUGCGAUGUGGCCAGCAUCUGCUCCACGUGCUCGUCCAGCUCCUCCAGCGACAUGGACGACUACGUCUACCGGCUGCCAGCUCGCAAGCACUACGGCGGAGUGCGGGUGGCGUACGUGCCCAACGACGCCCUGGCCUACGAGCGCAAGAAAAAGCUGGCCCAGCAGCAGGACCCCUCCAUUCCGGCCGGCAACGGACUGGGAACCGGAAUGCUGACAGGCUCCGGAGCAGCGAUCAUGCACGAGAGCAAAAACUGCACUAUUUCUUGACCACCUCCCAUGCUGCCGCCUCCGCCCCUCAACCUGAGCAGCUACUACAUCCUGGACACGAUCCUGGAGGAGCAGAGCCUGAUGCUGCCGGAGAAGAAGCCGGGCUGCCUGCGGCGAGUGUGGAACUUCUUCGGGCUGGGCAAGGCGAGGCACUCCAGCAACGGCAGACUGUACAGCGUUUGAGGUGCUGGAGGGAGUCGUGAUUGUAAAUAACAUAUCGAGAUGUAUUAUACACUGAACGAAGAGACACAUAUGACUCACAGAUGAUGAGAGAAAUCGUUGUACAAAGCUAAAACUAUAUCAUAUUCGCAUUUGCAUAUAUUUAUCUGGAGCCGCGAGGGCCCGGAGCAUUAGCAUAACUAAUUAGGUAUUCUAGUUUUAGAUGUAAGCAGAACCGAUCAGCAGAGACCACAAACAACGCAAUCAACGAACAAUAACUACUCGUAUACAUUCCAACGAAGUCCAAUCGAUGGCCAAAAGAAUUCUCCACAAGAGUGAAAGUAUUAUCUAAAUCAGUUUGUAAAUGUUAGCCAAAAUGUGCAAUAAUUUCAAAUGGCGGAGCAGAACGCCAAAAAUCGAACAACUCUUCCAUCCAAAACACAACCAUUAACAUUUACAAUAUUUGCGGUUUCUUUUUUUCGUCAUUUGGUUAAACAAAUGUAAUUUAUUAUUCUUUUGUUCGUCGGCCAAAUGUUUUAUGUCACUUUCCUGCUUUCUCCGCCGCGUGAAAGGGAAACUAUUAUAUAAAGCGAACAUGUCCAGAAUACCCGGCUGAAAGAUACAAUGUG